UUAGUUAGCGGGAUCGCAAAGUGAACGAAUAUCCAAUUUUGCGCAGGACGUCACUUUUUAACUUUUUAUGUUAGCGGCAAGAACACUGAACGCUGAGAUUGAGAACAUUAAAUAACGUGCUCAAGUGUCUCAUAUUCUAUAGUACCUUCCUACUAGUACAUGAUAGUUGGUGGUAAAGGAGUACAUAGAAAGAAGCAGGUGCCAAUCCUCAGUCCUCAGUCUCAUCAAGUAGUAAGGGUGUGCAUGAUAGCCGACCAUACUUCCCGACCAUGAGUCUCCCACAGUACAAGAAAGAUUUCCUACGUGCCGCCGUAGAGGGUGGUGCCCUACGAUUCGGAUCCUUUGAGCUUAAGUCAAAGCGGACAUCCCCCUACUUCUUUAACGCUGGCGACUUCUACACCGGCGAGCUGCAUGUGCCUAUUAUGGACGCCUAUGCUCAAACCAUUGCCGACAGCGAGCUAGCUGAUAGCUUUGAUGUCAUCUUUGGUCCCGCCUACAAGGGAAUUCCCUUAGCCGCUACCGUGUUCUACGCUCUAGUCAAAUUAGACUUUGAGAAGUACAGAAAAGCUGCCUACAGCUUCGAUCGCAAGGAAGCCAAGGAUCAUGGUGAGGGUGGUAGCAUCGUCGGCUCUCCGCUCAAAGGAAAGCGCGUUCUCAUCAUCGAUGAUGUUGUCUCAGCCGGCACCGCUAAACGCCAGGCCAUCGACAUGAUUCGCAAGGCUGGCGGCACCGUGGUAGGGAUCAUCGUGGCCCUAGACCGUCAGGAGACUUUACCAGGUGGCGACGGCAAGACAAGCGCUAUCGGUCAGCUGAAAAAAGAGUACCAGUUCCCCAUCAUCCCUAUCAUCAAGCUCGACGACAUCAUCGGAGGCAUGAAGGGAGUCAUCUCGGAUGAUAACAUUAAGCAAAUCGAGGAGUACCGUGCCAAGUUCGGAGCUACCGAUUGAUAUUAGAAUAUGGUGACAGACGGAACCUCUUUUCAAGUAUCAUUGGGAUUGGACAUGUGGGGGUUAUAUCUACAUAUAACUUACUACUUACUUAUCUUGUAGACGGACUGAUGAAAAAGUGCCACAGUGUUAAAUCGAUCGGAUAGACAAAAAGAAAAGGAACCACGGGUUGUUAUACCUAGCCCCUUGCGGGCCAAGCUUUCGGAGAUAUCAGGGGUAAGGCACGUGCUUACCCGUCCAUCGGCAAGUGAAAGAUACGGUUAAUUGCAAACCUCGUAUUUAAUUAAACGAUAUACUAAUAUCUUACCUCCGAUGCGGCUUUGUGAGUGGCGUUUUCAAUU